CCCGCCCCGCGCUGGCGCUGGCCCAGGGCCCGGGCCGGCGGGCAGCGGGGCCGCCGGGAAGGGCCGCCGGGAAGGGCCGCUCCCAGCCCCGCCGCAGAUGUGCUCCGGGCCCCGAGGAGCAGGCAGCACCAGAUUAUCAAGAGUGAAGCUCCCCAGCGCUCCCCAACAAUGGCAGAGUCCAAAUGGUCUCCUGGAUUUCUUUCUGCCUCCAGGGAAAAAAGUCCUGAUAGUCUAUGCACAUCAAGAGCCCAAGUCCUUCAAUGGAUCUUUGCUGAAGAUUGCUGUGGAAGAGCUGACCAAGCAGGGCUGCAGCGUCACCGUGUCGGAUUUAUACGCCAUGCAGUUUGAGCCCAGAGCAACAAGGAAUGACAUUGUUGGUCACCUGCACAACUCAGAAGCGUUCAAUUAUGGUGUGGAAACCUGGGAGGCUUACAAGAGAGGAGAGUUGUCCAAAGACCUGGUUGAAGAGCAGAAGAAAGUGCAGGAAGCAGACCUGCUGAUUUUUCAGUUUCCCUUGUUUUGGUUCAACAUGCCUGCAAUCCUGAAGGGCUGGAUGGACAGAGUCUUGGUCCAAGGCUUUGCUUAUGAUUUGUCAAAGGUUUAUGAUGGUGGUUUGCUCCAGGACAAGUUAUCCCUGUUUUCUUUCACCACGGGAGGAAGCCAAGAGAUGUAUUCAAAAGAAGGCAUUGGUGGUGAUAUUCGCUAUGUCCUGUGGCCCAUGCAGCAUGGAAUCAUGCACUUCUGUGGUGUCAAAGUCCUUGAACCUCACAUCUGUUAUGCUCCAGAGAAUGUCUCUGAGGAGAAGAGGAAGGAGAUGCUGGCUGCCUGGACCCAGCGUCUGAAGACUCUUUGGAAGGAAGAACCCAUAGACUGCUCUCCUGAGUGGUAUUUCAAGUAGUGUUCAGGUGCAAGACUACAAGAUUUUUUUUUCUCCAUUAUUUUUGAUGCUCUGUCUAAAUACCUGAACACUAAUCUCCUAAUUCAAAUCAAAUUGAUUUUAAGAAUCUUGAAUACCACAUCUAGCAGUUUAACUGACAACACAGCAUUUAUCUUCAGUGAUUCCCAAGGGAUUCCCUUCAAGGAUGGGUGCAAAACUCUUUGUGUUGUUCUCCUUGCUCACAUGAACAGUGUCAUCCUGCCUCCUUAUGGUUGAUAACUCGCGUGAUAUUUCAUGGCAGAUUAUACCAUUGUUGCUUGUGAAACAGUAUGUGGCCAAGUUUAUUUUAACACUUUUUGUACCAGUUGCCACUCUUUUUUCCUUUGCCAGGGAAUAUGGUGCCCAUACUCAACCUUUAAAAGCCCAAGAUGGAUUGUUAUAGUGCUACACUUGUCCCUUGGAGCAACAA